ACAAGGAUGAAAAAGAUGGAUUUAGGCCACAAGCAAGGACUUGGAGCCCCCUGUCUAAAAUGCAAAGAAAAAUGUGCAGGGUUUGAACUACACUUUUGGAGGAAAAUAUGUCGUAACUGCAAAUGUGGGCCAGAAGAUCAUGACAUACACCUAAGCAAUGACGAGGACCGGAAAGUGGGGAGACUCUUCGAAAACACCAAGUACACCACCCUGAUCAAACUAAAGUCAGAUGAAAUUCCCAAGUGCAAACGCAAUUUUAUGAUAACAACCAAUCCAGGUGCUACCAAAAAUAAAGUUUCCCUCAAUACUGUUACUUAUGAGUGGGCACCCUCUGUCCAGAACCAGGCACUGGCCAAGCAGUACAUGCAGAUGCUACCUAAGGAGAAGCAGCCAGUGUCAGGUUCAGAGGGGGCACAGUACCGGAAAAAGCAGCUGGCAAAGCAGCUCCCUGCACAUGACCAGGACCCUUCUAAGUGCCAUGAGUUAACUCCCAAAGAGGUAAAGGAGAUGGAGCAGUUUGUGAAGAAAUACAAGAGUGAGGCUCUGGGAGUGGGUGACGUGAAACUUCUCUCUGAGAUGAAUGCUCAAGGUGACAAGGUGCACAACCCUGCUGGAGUCAAAAACACCACAGCAGCAGUGGAUUCCAAGAACAAAUCUACAGAGUCUAAGAAGACCCAAUAUAGCUGUUACAGCUGCAAACACCCCAUGAAAGAAGGAGAGCCAGCCAUCUACGCUGAAAGGGCUGGCUACAGUAAACUCUGGCACCCAGCUUGUUUUAUCUGCAGCACCUGUGGAGAACUCCUGGUCAAUAUGAUUUACUUCUGGAAGAAUGGGAAGCUAUACUGUGGCAGACAUUACUGUGACAGUGAGAAACCACGCUGUGCUGGCUGUGAUGAGCUGAUAUUUAGCAAGGAAUACACCCAAGCAGAAAACAAGAAUUGGCAUCUGAAACACUUCUCCUGUUUUGACUGCGACAACAUCCUGGCAGGAAAAAUAUAUGUUAUGGUCAGCGACAAGCCUGUGUGCAAGCCCUGCUACAUGACGAACCAUGCUGUGGUGUGUCAAGGAUGCCACAGUGUCAUUGACCCAGAAGAACAGAGAGUAACCUACAAUAACUUCAGCAGGCAUGCGUCCACAGAGUGCUUCCUAUGCUCCUGCUGCAAGAUGUGUCUUUUUGGGAAGAAGUUCAUGCCUGUAAAGGGGAUGGUUUUCUGUUCCAUGAAGUGUAAGAAGAUGAUGUCCUAA